GUAUCUGGCAUCGCUGAUGGGGUGGUUUCUUACUGUCAAAAAUUUUCAUCGAUAUGGAUGUUUUGCAAAUAACGUGAAUAGUGCAUAAUUCGAAAAAUAAUUGAUUUAGACGGCUUCAAAGCAAGAUCAUUGAAACUUAAAAUAGAAAUCUCACCCGUGUACUGUAUUGAUUGAACAAACAGAUACUCUAAAACUUAACGGUCAAACUGCUCGGUUGAAUUGUGUUUUUUUCCCUCUUACGACUGUGCGUUCGCUAGAAGUGCGUUGUCAACCGGAGUGUUCUGUGCCCAAGUUUCAUCUCUCGUGUACGACGAGAGGUGUACAAAGUUUAGCUGGCUGCAGGUUCAGAACCCGACUGCUAUCCGGUUCUGAUCCGCAUCCGACACUGAAGUGAGUUUCAAGUGUGAUUUUAAAGUGCAUGUGUUUGUGCUGGCCGGUGUUCCGAAGGUGUACAUCCUUGAGUGGUAAAUCGCAGGAAGGCACCUUGGUAAGAUUAGGGAGGACUCGUUGGUAAUCUCGUGCGGCCAUCUAUCAUCCGGUGUUCUACAACUGUCUCAAAACUAACCAUGGGUGAUAGCAGUCCAGUUGAAAUCACCGGCUCGACUGGAGGAAACGUUGCGAAGACGAAGAUCGAACUUGACAUCGAGAAUCAUGUGCUCGGUACUACGGUUACACUCUCCGACGGAACGGAUGGACGCGUCUUUAGUCGCAAUGGGCGCAACAAGGAGAAUCAACUCAUCUACUCCUGUCACCUUUGUGGCGUGGCCAACCUGCCGGGAGAGCGAGUCUUGCAGAUCCACAUUGCCGGAAGGAAGCAUCAGGGCCGGCUUAAUACGGCGGUGAUCGAUGCCGAUCAGUUCCGUAACUCGUCGGCCCCUAAAACUGCCAAGGUUCAAAUGCACAUCGCUCCCGGUGAACCAGUUCCGCCGGGUAUGGAGAACGAGGUAAAACCGGUUGCGGAGCUGCAAAGCACCAUUGACAAGUUCAAGAGUGGUCCAAUGGUCGGUUUAGAGUACAUCAUGGAGUUGACGACUGCUGGCAAAAAGGAACCUAGUUAUCACUGCGUUCUGUGCGACAAAAGGGGUGACCCUCGAACCAUUGUUGUUCACAUUACCAGUCACAUUCAUCGGAUGAAGUUUUUGGAAAAACAUUAUCCCACCGUCGUCAACGAGCUCGCUCCAUACCGUAGCCAGCGUGGCAACUGCAAGGAAGUCUUCAAUCGUGUUAUACAAACCGUGUGCGAAGCUAUCGAAGAUCAUCACGGUCGACUAACGCCGAAUGUUCACGAACUCGCUGAUUACACGCGCAACAAAAUGAAGUAUCUGCAGGAGGUGAUCUUUGAAAAGCACUUUGAUGAACGUACCGGGCCCAAGUUUGUCGAAGUGAUCGACAAAAAGAUGCUACAGGAUCAACUGGUCGCCUCAGGAGUGGCCCCGGUGUCCGAACCAAGGCGCGAUCCUUCACCACCGGUAGUGCAGGCACCACAGAAGAAAGCUCGCCCUGCUCGUGCGGAGCGCAAGAGUUUGGACUCGAUUUCCAGCAUCGAUUCGGUGCAGAGCAUUUCUUCCGAGGACUCCAACAAACCGAAUGCCGAUGCCGAUCCCGCUCGUUCCGGUCGCCAGGAAGAUGCUACCCUAUCGCAACGCAGCCGUGCCACGCACAAUCCGUCAGCACGAGAUCUGGAUCGACGUCGCAGCCCUCUGCCCUUCCGUCGCAGUCCAGCGCGCCGCAGUCCCGUGCGUCGAAGUCCCGCACGUCGAAGUCCCGCGCGCCGUAGCCCCCUGCCGUUCCGUCGCAGCCCAGGUCGGACUCGUCGCCGUAGUCCGCCGCCGAGACGACGCAUUCGUGCUUCACCGCGUCGUCGCUCGAGAAGUCCGCUGAGUCGACGCAGCCCCAGGCGAAAUGAUCGGUCACCGUUGCGGUUCAACGAUCGGAAGUCGAUCUCCCCCGGGCCGGAGAAACGCAAGGUGAUACCUACGCCGAAGGAACUAGCCCUCCAGGCUUCGGAGAUAGCUCAUGAGCGAUACAAGUGGGAAAAAUAUCGUUGCUCGCUGGAAAUCGCCGUAGCGCUGAUUGAUAAGACAUUCAAAGAGCACGAGAAGAAUCCCGAGAAACAUCCGAUGUAUCCGGAGGAAUGGAAAAAGUUCUGGAACAAACGGUACAAGGAAUUGCAAGCGGAGAAAAAGGAUCCAUCGAAACAUGAUUUCAAACCGGAAUGGAUCGAAUACUGGACUAACCGGAUGAAGGAGCUGCACGACGAAGAGAUUGAUCAGAAGAAAGCCGAGAUAAGAAAAAAAUUGAACCUACCGGAAGAGGAAUCGGAAAAGACUGCCGAGCUAAAGGAGCAGUACGCGGUGAAGGUUAACAAGAAGAAGGAAACGAUUGCAGUUGAACCCAUUGAAUCGAGUGAUGAUGACAAAAUGGGUGUCAAAUCGAAAAAUUCACCAAAAGCGAAAAGCGCUCGUAGCAUCAGAAAAGCCGGCAGUCCUAUCAGCGAUGACGAAUUAGAGAUUCGUUCUCGGCAUAGUAGCAGUAGGGCGUUCAGCCGAGAAAACGAUCGUGAUCGAGAACGUGAGCGAGACCGUGAGCGUGAGCGUGAACGAGACCGUGAACGAGAACGUGAUCGUGAUCGAGAUCGUGAACGUGAUCGGGAGAGGGAACGGGAUCGGGACAGAGAGCGAUCUCGCUAUCGAGUAUUACCUGCGCACUUGCAAAGCGACCAGGAUUACGACGAAUGGGCGAAGAGCUACUAUGGUCCAAAUAAGAAAGUAUUUGUACGAACUGAGUUCGAUAACGAUAGUACUGGGCCGCUUAAUUUUGUUGCAGUUUGUCGGUUGCUCACCGCUUUAGAAGAAUAUUUAGGCAGUCUAGGUCCGAAGAUUAUUGAUUUACUUUCCAAGUCGUUAGCUUUGGAAAAAAUCAAGGCCAAUUCAGCCGACGAUCUUCUACUAAACGAGGAUAACUGCAUGUUUCUGGAAACAGUUAAGGAAAAAUUGAAGGGUCAUCUGAUGGCGGAUAUGGUCGAACCGCAAAAGAUUGCAGCAGUAAAGAAAGCCAUAAAAAAUAUUGCCAGCUUAGUGUAUGAGGCUUCCAAAAAAGAGAAACAAGAGCCAGUUAAAGAGAGCGAACCGGUUACACUGUCCGCGAGUACUGCUGGUGGCGUAGAUAAGGUUGCUAUUGCUCAAAAAUUAGCCGCUGCGCUGGUGGCACAAGGAAAAACUGACUUUACCAGCGACGAAUUGGAGCAGUUGAUCAACGUUUACGUAGCGAUGGCUGAAGCUUCCAAGGAGAAGGAGCAACCCGUCACAACCAGCAGCUUCUUGAAUGAAAUAGCACCGACGAAAGCGAGUACGGAGAAGCAACCGGAAAGGUCUACACUGCAAGAGGAGCCUAGCUACUCUAAGGAACCGGCGGACAACACUGAAAACAGUGCACUCGAAGGUCUGACCGAUUCUGAUCUGCAAACUUUACUGCAGAAUUUCAAAGAUCUUUCAAAUGAAGAGCAGCUGCAUUUGAUAUCCCACCUCAAAAAGCUAGAAAGAACCGACCCAGUGCGUGUUGAAAAACUGCGAAGGUACGUCAACCUGGACGAUAAGCCAACCAACAGCCGUCAGCUGCGCAAUCAAUAUUUGGAUGACGAUAAUGAUAACGAGAAAAAGUAUGAGGACGACGGCGAAGAACCCAACUACGACGAUGAUCAUAACUUUGAAGACGAUGAGCAGGAUUUCGACAACCAAAAACCAGAGCCCGUGAAUAAUCCUAUCAAAUCCUUAGUUUCUGGUGGCUAUGGUGAAGAAUCACCCGAUCCAUUCAGCCAAAAGAAACUGGUUGAUUCGGAGGAUGAAGAUGACUAUAGCUAUGAUGAUGUGGUUCGUGCUGCCUCCAAGAAUGUAAUUGCUGCACCGGUUAACAGCAACAGUAACAGUCUACAAGGAACACAAAUCCGUCGGUUGGGACGUAUUGGUGAACAGUACGAUGGGAACUCCAAUUUUUCACGAACUAGCAAUGAACCCAGCACCCAACAUGACACUCAAAACAUUAUCGCCAAUCUGAUGGGAUCGUUGCCGAAGUCUGGAUCGACACAAAAUACCACCAGCUAUAUCAACACGAUCUCUACCAUUGAUCAUUCCGUGGAUAAUUCUAACUUCUACGAUAACAGCUCGCAACACUCCAAUCCUGGGGCGUUCGGUGGCGCGUACUCAAAUAAAAUUCAACCUACGAUGGGAUCUAACGGUAAUAGCUUCGCCAAUCAGCCCCGACCUCAGUUCGCCCCGAUCCAGACGGCAAACACUAGUGUUAACAGUAUGCCCUACUACUAUCAGCAGCAAAUACGAGCACAACAGCAGCAACAACAACAACAGAUGCACCCACAGCAACAGAUGCGUCCGCAGCAGUCCAUGGGAUUCAGCGGUCAAUUUGGAGGACAAAACCGAUUUGGUGGACAGGGGGGUAAUCAGCAAGGUGGAGGUGGCUAUGGGUGGCCACAGAACUCUGGAAUGCAGCAGUCACAGCAAGGUAGUUCGUAUCAGUACGGAAAUGAUUACUAUUAAGUUCAGUGGAAUUUUAAGCUUUCAAGGAAAUGCUUAGCGGUACAUUUUAAGUGGCGAAUAAGAACGUUUUAUUCUAGGAUGCUACGUGACAGAAUAUAUCUCAUUGAAUAUAAUAUUGUGGAUACUGCAGGAA